ACAACAGCUGCACCAACAACAGCAGCUGCAACAACUGCAGCACCUACAACCACUCCUCCCAUGACAGCAGCACAUACAACUACUGUUGCAACACACAUCGUUGCCCCUGAACCCACUUAUAUUCUCUCAGCAGUAUUCAAAGGACAGGAUUUCUCACCUGCCCUCACUGACUCCAACAGCGAUGAAUACAAAGCUCUUGAAACAGCAGCUCUAAAAGCGUGUAACGAGAAGUUCAGCAGCAAGUUUGCAAACAAGUUUUCCCGCUGCCUUUUGAAAAACGUCAGGGCCUUAAGUCCACCAAAAGACAACGAAACGCAAGCAACUGUGGCGGUUGUGUUCCAUGAGAAUACUGCCUUUGCAGAUCUCCCACAGAAUAAUGUUGUUGCUCAGACCUUAGUAGAAGCUCUGAAUGACCCCAACAACAGCUUGGACGUGAGCAUAAAUCCUGCUUCAGUCAAAGUAUUAGAAAGUCCAGUUCCAGAUGUGACUACAACUGCUCCACCUACAACCACACCAUCCAUAGCACCAACUUCACCUGCAGCCUCUGAACCCACUUAUAUUCUCUCAGUAGAAUUGAAAGAACUGGCUUUCUCACCUGCCCUCACUGACUCCAACAGCGAUGAAUACAAAGCUCUUGAAACAGCAGCUCUAAAAGCGUGUAACGAGAAGUUCAGCAGCAAGUUUGCAAACAAGUUUUCCCGCUGCCUUUUGAAAAACGUCAGGGCCUUAAGUCCACCAAAAGACAACGAAACUCAAGCAACUGUGGCGGUAGUGUUCCAUGAGAAUACUACCUUUGCAGAUCUCCCACAGAAUAAUGUCGUUGCUCAGACCUUAGUAGAAGCUCUGAAUGACCCCAACAACAGCUUGGACGUGAGCAUAAAUCCUGCUUCAGUCAAAGUAUUAGAAAGUCCAGUUCCAGAUGUGACUACAACUGCUCCACCUACAACCACACCAUCCAUAGCACCAACUUCACCUGCAGCCUCUGAACCCACUUAUAUUCUCUCAGUAGAAUUGAAAGAACUGGCUUUCUCACCUGCCCUCACUGACUCCAACAGCGAUGAAUACAAAGCUCUUGAAACAGCAGCUCUAAAAGCGUGUAACGACAAGUUCAGCAGCAAGUUUGCAAACAAGUUUUCCCGCUGCCUUUUGAAAAACGUCAGGGCCUUAAGUCCACCAAAAGACAACGAAACUCAAGCAACUGUGGCGGUAGUGUUCCAUGAGAAUACUACCUUUGCAGAUCUCCCACAGAAUAAUGUCGUUGCUCAGACCUUAGUAGAAGCUCUGAAUGACCCCAACAACAGCUUGGACGUGAGCAUAAAUCCUGCUUCAGUCAAAGUAUUAGAAAGUCCAGUUCCAGAUGUGACUACAACUGCUCCACCUACAACCACACCAUCCAUAGCACCAACUUCACCUGCAGCCUCUGAACCCACUUAUAUUCUCUCAGUAGAAUUGAAAGAACUGGCUUUCUCACCUGCCCUCACUGACUCCAACAGCGAUGAAUACAAAGCUCUUGAAACAGCAGCUCUAAAAGCGUGUAACGAGAAGUUCAGCAGCAAGUUUGCAAACAAGUUUUCCCGCUGCCUUUUGAAAAACGUCAGGGCCUUAAGUCCACCAAAAGACAACGAAACUCAAGCAACUGUGGCGGUAGUGUUCCAUGAGAAUACUACCUUUGCAGAUCUCCCACAGAAUAAUGUUGUUGCUCAGACCUUAGUAGAAGCUCUGAAUGACCCCAACAACAGCUUGGACGUGAGCAUAAAUCCUGCUUCAGUCAAAGUAUUAGAAAGUCCAGUUCCAGAUGUGACUACAACUGCUCCAGCUACAACCACACCAUCGCAGCACCAACUUCACCUGCAGCCUCUGAACCCACUUAUAUUCUCUCAGUAGAAUUGAAAGAACUGGCUUUCUCACCUGCCCUCACUGACUCCAACAGCGAUGAAUACAAAGCUCUUGAAACAGCAGCUCUAAAAGCGUGUAACGACAAGUUCAGCAGCAAGUUUGCAAACAAGUUUUCCCGCUGCCUUUUGAAAAACGUCAG